CUGUUGAAGCUCCUGGAGCUUAUCGCCAAGUCGCAGCUCCCCUCUCUCAGCGGUGUGGCCCAGAAAAACUACAUGAACAUUCUGGAGAGAGUGGUGCAGAAAGUGCUGGACGACCAGCAGAACGUCCGUCCCAUCAAGGAGCUCCUGCAGACGCUCUACGUGUCGCUGUGCAGUCUGGUUCAAGACAUGGGCAAGUCUGUGCUGGUGGGGAACAUCAACAUCUGGGUGCACCGCAUGGACAACAUCCUGCAGUGGCAUCAGCAGCUGGACAACAUCCAGAUCAACAGACCCACAUCAAAUGGCAUGACGCUGAUGGAGCUGCCUGUCAGCCUGCAGCUGAACAUCAUGCAGCGUCUGUCAGACGGCAGGGACCUGGUCAGCCUGGGUCAGGUCUGUCCAGGACUGGGGGGACUCGCUGAGGACCGGCUGCUCUGGAGGAAACUCUGCCAGCACCACUUCACAGACAGACAGAUCCGAAAGCGGCUGAUUGUGUCAGACAAAGGUCUGCUGGAGUGGAAGAAGAUGUACUUCAAGCUGAGUCGAUGCUAUCCUCACCGAGAGCAAUACAGCGACACUUUGCACUUCUGCUCACAUUGUCACAUCCUUUUCUGGAAGGACACAAAUCAUCCUUGCACUGCCAACAACCCAGAAAGCUGCACUAUGGCGCUCUCACCACAAGACUUUAUCAACCUGUUUAAAUUCUGAUUGCACCCAACUGCCCUUAAAGUGUACAUAAUGUACAUACACGUGUAUAGUUUUGUUGUUUUCAUUUGAGAUAUGAAUGAUGACCAGGCUGUGGGACAAUCAUGCAAUUGGGAUUUUGGAUUGUGUCUUGUUUACUUUUUACAAAGGAAGAUGCUGUUAAGUGACAGAGAAGAGACGGCAAGUCGGAAAAAUACAUUUUUAGAUGCAAGAAAGGGAAAAGACAAAUGUCAAUUUUUAUUUGGGGGUUUCAGUUCAAGGUACUUUUGUUUGAAAGUAUUUGCCUCAAAAAGCUGGUCAUAGUUUAUAAACACAUGAAGUUGGAUGAUUAUUUAUAUCAGUAAGGAUGUGGGGUUUUGAUGUGUGUUGUCCACAUUGGGGAAAGACAAACUGAAGUAGACACAAUUGAAUGUAAGAAACUGAGUGUUGCUGCAUCAUGUUUUCUAUAUACUUUUUCACUUUUAUAAAGAUUUGAUACCUUUAUAUUUUAAUGAGAUCAUUUUCUGCCAUGGCUGCUAUUUCAGUAGUUUUUGACUGACAUACUCUGUGUGCCUUAUUGCAAAACUUGAAACCAGUACAUUUUCCCCGAGAUCCUGAACAUGAACACAACCCACAUUUUUUUUUUAUUACAUACCAAAGUUUAGUUUUUUGCAUGAAAAAGCAUUUGUGUAUUUAUUCAAAUUCUGGUUAAGUAGCUCCAUGUUGGUUUCUGACUUUCUUUUAGUACUGCUCACACAGUGAGCACUGAUGUACUGUACAUGCUAUGCAAUGCAUUCUGUUGUGUAAAUAAAAUAUUUACUUGA